UAUGAGACUCGCUCACAGCAGAGACGGUGCUUCUCUCCUCCAUCUGUGAGCCCAUGGCUUCUCUGAGCGCUUCUUCAGCCUCGUCGUUCCAGCGCUCGUCACGUUACAGCACGAGCACCGUCAGGUCCUUCAACGCCGAUUCCCUCCACCCGAGACUUCACAGUCAGUUUGGUGAAGAAACAUCCAUCAGCUCCAUCACAAACAGGUUCGAACCCGAGUCCUUCAGCCGUUGCCAUGGUGAUGCACAGGAUGAGUCAUCAUGGGGUGAAUCCUUUGGAGGUUAUCAAGGUUACCAAGGAGACCGAGAGUCUUUUGGAGAUUACCAUGGGGAUCAACAGUACCAGACCACCCGAGAGGGAAACCAGGACGACUGGAUCCUUGGAGAUGACAUACAGGCUGGCGGCUCUGGCGUGGGUGUGGUCAGGACGAUGGGGAACAGCUACUUCCUGUCUGCAAAUGUCAGCGGGUUCGAGCCUCAUGAAGUGGUUGUGGUGGCGUAUAAUCAGCGUGUGGUUAUUCAUGCGGAGAAGAUCGGAGCAGAUGGGAGUGUUUCAGGCAAAUUUACCCAUAAGUCUGUGCUGCCAGCAGACAUGGACCCUCUGUCUGUGAGCAGUAAGCUGACCGCAGAGAAGAUGUUGCUCAUCAGCAUCGGCCGGAUCCGUGACUCCUGUCUUCCACCCUGCAACUCGGCUUUGAGCUUUGACCUCUGACCUUCUGUGAUCUCACAGUCAAACCAAGUGUGUUCUACAGUACAGACUCAAACUCCCCCAGAGUCCAAACACGAGGUCAGGGAGGACGUGUAAUUCUCAGGUUCUGUCAGGAACUUCAUAUAGAGAAGCUUUAGUGGUUCCAUCAUGGGAUCAUUUUAUGGAUUUAGUUUUAAUUUUUUAUUUUAAUUAAAUUGUAUGAAUUAGACAUAACAUACUUUAUCACUAGAAAAAAGUAUUAUGCAAUCAUGUAAGACACUUCUUUUGUAGAACCUUUUUGGUAUUAAAAGAGCUCUUUAGAACCGAGUCAAGAACCCUAGAGUUCUAUAUAGAACCUGUUGUCUAAGAAUGACACUCUUUGAUUUCUACUCUUUACACAAGGAAUGUUUCUAAGUGUGAGAGCAGUGAGAGCAGAAGUUAGUGAGAAAUAAAGAUGAUCAGAAACAGAGGUUAUUUGUGAGUCUACUGUAUAUUCACAUGCAUAUUUCUCUAGAAGGCUUUAGUUUGCACCAAAAACAUUUGGUUUGCACAUAACGAACCUGAACUUGAAUUUACAAACUCCUCCGUGUGUGUAUGGAACCAAUAAUUUGAUCUUUCUUGAGAGUUUCUUCCCUGAUGUUUUCACAGUUUUGUGUAACAGGUAUAAAAUACAUCUAAACCUUGAUACAUUCACUGGAAAAAAAAAAAAUAUUUUUCAAAGAUUAGAGUAUGUUUUCCAAACAAAACACCAUUUUGUUUUUUUCUACUUGAGAAUUUCAUGUUUAUUUCCAUGUUACUUGCAAUUUCUUUGUAUAUGUGUGAAAUUUACUAACAAUUUCUGAGUAAAGAUUGUUUCUAUUCAA